UCAGUACCUAUAUGGUUUUCCCACAGACAUGCUGACAAGAGUGAUCAGGUUGCUUUGGAGGAGGAAUGGAGAGCAAAGAAAGACCAGAGGGAGGCAGGAAGAAGAGACUUCUGGGAAGGCGUCAUCCACACCCUCCUUCCUCACUGAGAAAGAACAGCAGUUGAACAAGAUGGAAAAACUGACCCUUCAGCUAAAGAUGAUGACAUAUGAGAGGGAUGAACUGAGUGUAAUCCUGGCCCAUUACACCAGCAAUGAUUGUAACAACAGGCCAAAUUCUGACCUUGAGAUGCUGAAAAUGGAGCAUCAGAAAGAGAUGUCAGAUCUGAAGAAAUACCCCAAGGAAAUUAGCGAGGCCUUGUACAAGUGCAUGGUACUGACGGAGAAGACCAACUCCUACUGCACCCUUCACAGCCAGCUUCUGAGUGAAUGGGCACAGUUGAAGGAAAAAGUCUACAUGUUGAAAGAAGACAAUAGGAAGCUGAAGGGGGAGCAGAUUUUGCUGCAGGAGUCCUGUGAGGAGGCAAAAAAGCUCUGUGAAGAGACCCAUGAGAAGAUCUAUGGCCUCUGGACCAUGCAGCAGCAGGAACAUCAAAGACUUGAGGAAAAUCUUCAGUCCCUGCUGAAGCAGAAGGAACUCAUUACCCAGCAAAAGGACUUGGCAGUAAAGCUGCAACAUCACUUCACUGAGUCUCAGAUGAGGUUUGAACACCUCCAGAAAGAACUGGAACAGAACACAGCCCAGGAGGAGAGCCUCCUGCAGACAGAGCUGCUGAAGCAGGAGCAUUAUGUGCCAGCACCUCUUAAGAGAACUGAGAAGACUAGAGGAAGUCAGAGACACCUUGAAGGCAUGACAUUCUACACUCUAGGAUCAAGGCCUCCUCAGAAAAGGCCACCUCCUUGCAGCUGUGAAGCCACCAGUGAGCCAAAUAUCAACCUACCAUCAGAGGAUCCAACCCCAAUCUGAUCCACAUCUGUUGGCUCACUAUUUCCAGAGAAAGGAUUGCAUCAGAUACGAGCUUGAAACACAGAGGACACACCACGAAUUACUCAGAACCUGUCAGCAAGUGACCACCUUGUGGGACAAAACAACAUGGAGGAAGACAUGGGGGUGAGCAAGAGUUAUUGUGUGAGCUUUAUGUGAUGGCUUUGGCAAGCUGACUCCAACUGUGAUGGAAGAUCUGGCUUGGAAGACUGUGUUAAUGUCACACUGCUCUGCAGACAGACUGCAUCGAGUACAACAUUCUCUCUCUAGUGCAGUGCUGACGCUGACUCCACACCAUGUACAAGUGUUGCUGAAGAUAAUUUACAUCAGAGACUAAUCCAGCUCCUCAUGCCUCAUGUUGUUCACCUUUUUUUCCAUAAAGUUCCAAAGGAAACUGGGAACUUUGCUUAAUUUUUUGUUUAUAUUUUGGGAUAUUUGUGCUUUAGUUCUUUUGGUUCUCUUCAUUUUGCUUUAAUGGUUUGUUGUUUUUUGUUAUUUCUUUUAUUUGUUUCAUUGUUUUAAUAGUUUGCUAAGGUUAUAUAUUGUAUGUAAUGACUACCGUUUUAAAG